AUGGAUUUCAACCUGCUGGCAGACGCAGAGGCUCGCAGCCCAGCCUUGUCUCUCUCAGACUCGGGAACCCCUCAACACGAGCACAGCUGCAAAGGGCAGGACCACAGCGACACCGAGAAGUCUCAGCAAAACCAGACGGACGACUCCAACCCUGAAGACAGCUCGCUCAAGAAGAAGCAGCGGAGGCAGAGGACACACUUCACCAGCCAGCAGCUCCAGGAGCUGGAAGCCACUUUCCAGAGAAACCGUUACCCAGACAUGAGCACCAGGGAGGAGAUUGCAGUCUGGACCAACCUGACGGAGGCACGAGUCCGGGUGUGGUUCAAAAACCGCAGAGCUAAGUGGAGGAAACGGGAGAGAAACCAACAGGCCGAACUGUGCAAGAACAGCUUCGGAGCCCAGUUCAACGGACUGAUGCAGCCUUACGAUGACAUGUAUUCCAGCUAUUCCUACAACAACUGGGCCACCAAGGGGCUCGCCACCAGCCCGCUCUCAGCCAAGAGCUUCCCAUUCUUCAACUCCAUGAAUGUCAGUCCCCUCUCCUCACAGCCCAUGUUCUCCCCACCCAGCUCCAUCGCCUCGAUGACCAUGCCUUCAUCCAUGGUCCCUUCUGCGGUGACAGGAGUACCAGCCUCCAGCCUCAACAACUUGGGAAACAUCAACAACCUGAACAGCCCGAGCCUCAACUCCGCUGUCUCAUCCAGUGCCUGUCCUUACGCCUCAACAGCCAGCCCCUACAUGUACAGGGACACAUGCAACUCCAGCCUGGCCAGCCUACGGCUGAAGGCCAAGCAGCACACUAACUUCACCUACCCGGCGGUGCAGACGGCAGCUUCCAAUCUGAGCCCUUGCCAAUACGCCGUGGACAGGCCAGUAUGAAGGGCUGUCCUCUGCCAACCAGGGACUUGACCUUAGCCUGACAAAAGGAGACCUUUAGCCCUACAACAGCGUAUGUCCUGCAGAGAAUGAGAGUGAAUGCGAGAGAGCAAGAGAGAGCGGCGAGCAGGCAGACGGACCUCUAUGAAGAUUUGUCUAACUAUCGUAUGGUGAAUUUUGACUGUCUUUCCCCUCCCAAACCCCUUCCCCUCUUGCCCACCAAACCUCCUCCUUUGUGGUAAAGAAACCAAAACAGUCUACUGGAAGCCCCAUGGGGAAAUAGGAGCCCCAACCUGCAG